GCAGUUGGAUAGCCAUAGCCAUUAGCCACUAGCCAGCCGAUAUCCUCCAUCGACUGAAACUCCGGCGGUGGAUCACCGUCAUCUUCGCCCGACGCCGUUUGCAGCUUCAUCAAGCGGCGGGAGGCUCGCUCUGUGCCCGCAGUGCACAAAUGAGAAGGAAAUAGAGAGAGUAUGACGGAUUGACCGAUUUUUUUCAGAAGGGGAAGAGGGAGCUUAAUUCGGUUCUUUGCUUCAAGCUGAAAAUUUUUUUGGGUUCAGUCACAUUUACCAGAGAAGAAUUUGCAGCUGACUUAAAGUUCUUGAUGAAUUCCCUACAUUUCUCUUCUUCCCUACCUCUGUUGCCAUCACUUUCUGGGCGUCCCCUACCUUAUAUCGCACCCCAGUGUUGUUAUUUUGGUUCUAGUGACCACCGUCAGCACAAACACCAUCUCUCUCGUUCUUCUUUAUCCUUUAACUUAUCAAAUUUCCGUUUGUCGUAUAUGAGUACAAACGCUCUGUCAAAUGAGGGGACAAUUCCUGUUAUGAACUUUGAGGAACUUGCAGAGAAAGAUUGGUCCUUUCUUGAGAUGGAUGACGAUCCUCAAGCAGGCAACAAUGUCAGACGCAUAAUAUCUGCAGGAGAACUAGAGAGCACCUCCAAGGUUUUGGUUACUUUUGGUUCUGAAGGUUUUGUAGAUAGGUUGUUUGAUACGUCAAAUUGCCAGCUUCUGCUUGUUGUCCAUGAUUCACUCUUGGUGUUGGCUUGUAUAAAGGAAAAAUAUGACAAGAUUAAGUGCUGGCAAGGUGAACUAAUAUAUGUUCCAGAUAAGUGGGCGCCUUUUGAUGUGGUGUACAUUUAUUAUCUGCCAGCUUUACCAUUCACCCUUGACCAGGUUUUUGAAGCACUAGCCGAGCGAUGCCUCCCAGGUGCCAGAAUCGUUAUUGGUCAUCCUCUAGGGAGGCAAGUCCUGGAGCAGCAGCGGCAAGAAUUUCCCAACUGCAUAGUCUCUGAUUUGCCUGAUAAGAUGACCUUAGAGAAGGUUGCAGUUGCCCAUUUCUUUGAAAUGGCAGAUUUUGUAGAUGAGCCUGGAUUUUAUCUUACUGUUUUGAAGUUCAAUGGGGCAUGAAUACGACUUCUGUUAUGUUAGAGGGACCACUUGGUGUAAUAGAACAAAUGAAUUUCGAUCAAGUAAAGUAAAUUCAGCUUCGGGAGCUCAGAA